AUACACGGGGUAUAUAAGCUUGCUUUUGUCAGCUACUCAGCUAGGAAAUACACUAGAAAGGACGAAGAGAGAGAGUAAAGGGGGAAAAAGUCCAUAGUAGUGGUCAUAAACAGAGAGUUAUUGAGUUUGUUCAAUCACCCACACUGGUUCAGAGAAAAAAAACCCACCUUUUAUCUUCUUCCUGUUCUUUGAACGAAGGAGAUCAAGAAUCAUAUCAAGGAAGUGAAACUUACAGGAAGAUUCGUCACAUCUCCCUUUCUAUAUAUCCAUAUAUGUCUAUAUAAAUAUAUGUAUAUAUUUGCUGAAGGGUCUAUUAUGGAAAGUGGGUGUUUGAUGAAUUUAUAGAUCUAACCCUUUGAGAAAGGAGUGGGCUUGCCAAGUUUGAUUCAGAUCUCAAUCCUUUUUCAGCUAGCAAGGUUCUGUAGUUGACUACAAUACUGACCAUAGAGAUUAGGAAGGAAAGGAGAUUUUAGUCUUCAUUCAUUGCAUCUGUUUCGGAUGUUGAUAAACCUGAAGUGAUCAAGGGUGAAAUGAGGGAUGUUAUCAAAGUUGAUAAAUUUCCUGAAGGCGUGUUGGCGGCCAUCACAUUCGGGCUCUGAAGCUACCGGGCGGCAAGAUGGACUUCUCUGGUACAAGGACAGUGGACAGCAUCUGGUUGGUGAUUUUUCAAUGGCCGUUGUACAAGCUAACAAUUUGCUUGAAGAUCAAAGCCAGAUCGAAUCCGGUUCUUUGACCUUUCUUGAUUCCGGUCCACAUGGAACGUUUGUAGGAGUAUAUGAUGGCCAUGGAGGCCCAGAAACGUCCCGGUUCAUCAAUGAUCAUCUUUUUCAAAAUCUCAAGAGGUUUGCAACAGAGCAGAAGUCGAUGUCGGUGGAUGUAAUAAAGAAAGCAUAUCAGGCAACUGAAGACGGGUUCCAAUCAAUAGUAUCCAAACACUGGCCAAUGAAUCCGCAGAUGGCUGCAGUGGGGUCUUGUUGCCUUGUUGGCAUUGUCUGCGACGGGACCCUCUAUAUUGCUAACCUCGGCGACUCGCGAGCUGUCUUGGGGAGGCUUGUGAAGGCAACCGGAGAGGUUGUCGCCAUCCAGCUCUCAAUUGAGCACAACGCAAGUGUAGAGUCUAUCAGACAAGAACUGCGUUCGAUGCAUCCAGAUGAUCCGCAUGUUGUUGUUCUGAAGCAUAAUGUUUGGCGGGUCAAGGGUUUGAUACAGGUUUCAAGAUCCAUCGGCGAUUUCUACCUAAAAAAGGCAGAGUUCAAUAGAGAGCCUUUGUACUCCAAAUUUCGGUUGAGGGAACAUAUUAAAAGGCCGAUUCUGAGCUCCGAGCCGUCGGUCUCAGUGCAUGAACUUGAGCCGCACGAUCGGUUUCUCAUAUUUGCAUCUGAUGGUCUUUGGGAGCACCUGAGCAAUCAAGAGGCAGUUGACAUUGUACAGAAUGGCCAUCAAAAUGGGAGUGCGCGAAGGCUGGUGAAAGCUGCACUGCAAGAAGCAGCAAAGAAAAGAGAGAUGAGAUACUCCGACCUGAAGAAGAUCGACCGCGGGGUCCGCAGGCAUUUCCACGACGACAUCACGGUCGUGGUUUUGUUUAUGGACCCGAGCCUUUUGAGCAGAGUCAGCGGUUCGCUAAGAGGCGGUGGGCCCACCUUAUCCAUGAGGGGCGGCGGCGGUUUCAACCUUCGGGCAUAAGAAUGAUCAGUUGCUGGCCUCGUUUGAAAGAAACCCCCUUUUUUUUCGAGAUCACUGUCCUCAUAUGUAAGAUCUCAAACAACUAGCUAGAGAAGUCAGCAAGGCAGCUAAUUUUAAUUCUUUUGUUGUAAAAUGUAAUCCUUAUUUCUUCUGUUUU